AUGGUUUUCGGAAAGAUCCUGGUUCACCUAUACUUUUCAAUAUUUUCAGCUGAAGUAUUAGGCAUAAUUUACGCUUUAGAACAUAUUCAUGAUAAUUAUAUAACUGAGAAUAAGUUUUUAAUUCUAUCUGAUUCCAUGAGCGCUUUGCAAGCACUUAAAAAUAAAUGUGUGAGUGCAUCUGUAAAUUACUUAAUUUAUAAGUUAAGAAGUUGUUUAAGUUCUUUAUUAUAUAGAAAUAUUACUGUUGAAUUUUGCUGGGUUCCGGGACAUUCAGGAAUUUUUGGUAACGAACUUGUAGACAAGCUUGCCAAAUCCACAGAAAAUAUCCAAGUUUGUGAUUUAAAAGUACCUCAGUCUGAUUUAGUGCCUUUUGUAAAAGAACUUAUGGUUAGACGGUGGAACAACGCGUGGUCUAAAUCCAAAGAAGUCAAAGGGAAAUGGCUAGCUGAAAUAGUCCCAGCACCUAGCACCAAGUCGUGGUUUGAAUACCAAAGAAAAUAUGUAGAAAGGGCAUUUAUUACAACUAUGUGUAGAUUGCGUAUUGGUCAUGCUCGUUUUCCUGCACAUCUCUUUAGAUUAGAGCUAAGUGAUUCUGCUGUUUGUGCUCAUUGUAAUUUUAAUGUAUGUGAUCUCAAUCAUAUUUUUUUCCAUUGUCCUGCAUUUAAUUUACAAAGGCUAUUGUUUGUUGCCAUGUGUAUGGAUACAGGUUUGCAAGUUCUGCCAAAGUCCGUACAGGGCCUUUUGAAAUAUAAUAGUACAUUAUUGUCGAGGCUCGGAAGUAGCUACUUGCAGGCUGAGGAUUCGUUUUAA